AGUUUUAAAAGGCUGUCUGCUUUAGUGGGAAUAACACGUUACCUAACUCUCUAGAGUAAUUUGCUCAGCUGAAAGAGAAGGCUACUAAAAACUUUUGGUGCUUAUUCUGCAGCUUUGAGGCCCAUCAGUGUGAGCUUCUGUGCAUUAUGGCUGAAAGUGGAUAUCAAGAGGAGCCCAGAGGAGAUUCCGCAGCGGAUGAGUUCACUGACAUGAUCAAGAACAGAUCCGAUGAAAGAGAGGAUGUUCAAAGGAAAACAUUCACGAAAUGGAUAAAUGCCCAGUUUGCAAAGUUUGGAAAACAUCCCAUUGAAGAUCUGUUUACUGACCUCCAAGAUGGAAGAAGACUCCUGGAUCUCCUUGAAGGCCUUACGGGCCAAAAACUGGUAAAAGAAAAAGGCUCUACAAGGGUUCAUGCACUAAACAAUGUCAACAAAGCACUGCAAGUCUUGCAAAAAAACAAUAUUGAUUUGGUGAAUAUUGGCAGCGCGGACAUAGUUGAUGGGAAUCAUAAGCUGACCCUUGGCUUGAUCUGGAGUAUUAUUCUCCAUUGGCAGGUGAAAGAUGUAUUGAAAGGCAUUAUGGCUGACUUGCAGCAAACAAAUACUGAAAAGAUCUUACUGAGCUGGGUCCGCCAAUCAACACAAAAUUACCCACAGGUCAACGUUAUGAAUUUCACCAGCAGUUGGUCUGAUGGAUUAGCAUUUAAUGCACUCAUCCACAGUCACAGGCCAGACCUGUUUGAGUGGAACAGUGUACUUUGCCAAUCUGCAUUAGAAAGGCUUGAUCAUGCUUUUAACUCUGCACAGCGACACUUGGGAAUUGCAAAUCUCCUUGAUCCGGAUGAUAUUGCCACAGCUCAUCCUGACAAGAAAUCCAUUUUAAUGUACGUCACAUCACUCUUCCAAGCUUUGCCACAACAAGUUUCCAUUGAAUCCCUUAAAGAAUUGGACACGCUGCCUCGCCGUGUGAUAACUCCAGAAGCGCAAGUCAAACCAUAUGAUCAACAGCAUUUCUCUCAACAUAUAACUGUCAGUGUAGCAGAGGGACGUGUACACACCCCUUCACCUCCUCCUAAGCCACGUUUCAAAAGUUAUGCCUAUACACAAGCUGCUUAUGUUAUGUACCCUGACCAAAAAAGCAGGCCAUUUCCCCAAAAGCAACUGGAAGGUCUUGAUGACAGACCAUUUGGCACUUUAGUGAGGGAACCACAAGUGGAUUUAGAAAAUUAUCAGUCAUCGUUGGAAGAAGUUCUCUCUUGGCUUCUUUCUGCUGAGGAUAUUUUACAAAGCCAAAAAACAAUAUCUGGCAAUGUUGAAGAAGUAAAAGAACAGUUUCAUACUCAUGAGGGCUUUAUGAUGGAAUUAACAUCUCAUCAGGGAAAUGUUGGCAAUGUUUUGCAAGCUGGGAGUCAACUGUUAGCUACUGGGAAACUUUCCGACGAUGAAGAAAAUGAAAUUCAGGAACAAAUGAAUCUUCUUAAUUCUCGGUGGGAAAGCCUCAGAUUGGCAAGCAUGGAUAGACAAAGCAAUUUGCAUCGAAGAUUAAUGGACCUCCAAAAUCAGCAGCUACAACAAUUAAGUGACUGGCUAUCACAAACAGAGGAGCGAACAAAGAAAAUGGAUGCUGAACUGGGACCUGACCUAGAAGACAUAAAACGACAAAUAGAAGAACAUAAGGUAUUGCAGGAUGAUCUGGAGCAGGAGCAAAUCCGUGUGAAUUCUCUCACACAUAUGGUAGUUGUAGUAGAUGAAACAAGUGGAGAAAAAGCUACAGCUGAUUUAGAAGAUCAGCUACAGCAUCUGGGUAACCGAUGGGCUGCUAUAUGCCGCUGGACUGAGGAUAGAUGGGUCUUUCUCCAGGAAAUUCUUCUUAAGUGGCAACGUUUUGCAGAAGAAAUGUGUCUCUUUGAUGUCUGGCUAACAGAAAAGGAGGAGGCAGUGAACACCAUUAAUACUGCAGAUUUGAAGGAUCAAAAUGAAAUGCUUUCCAACCUUAGAAAGUUGGCAAUUCUGAAGGGAGAGCUAGAACUGAAAAAGACAACAUUGGAUACACUGUACUCACUUAAUCAGGAGCUAGCUUCUGCUCUGAGGAACCAGUCAGUGUCUCAGAAACAUGAGGCAAGACUAGAAAAUUUUGCUCAACGAUGGGAUAAUCUGGUGCAGAAUCUGGAAAGUACUUCGAAGCAGAUUUCAAAGGCUGCCACCACCGCUCAGACAUCACUAACACAGACAACUGUAAUGGAAACUGUAACUAUGGUGACCACAAGGGAGAAAAUACUUGUUAAGCAUGCUAAGGACGAACUUCCACCACCUCCACCCCAGAAGAAGAGACAGAUCCUUGUCGAAUCGGAGCUUAGAAAAAGAUUUGAUGUGGAUUUAACAGAACUUCAUAGCUGGAUGACACGCUCUGAAGCAGUACUGCAAAGCUCUGAAUUUGCUGUUUAUCGGAAGGAAGGAGACCUUACUGACCUCACAAAGAAAGUUAAAGCCAUAGAGAAAGAAAAACCUGAUAAGCACAGGAAACUACAGGAUGCCAAUCGAAAUACCCAAGCCUUGGUGGAACAGAUGUUAAGUGAUGGUAUAAAUGCAGAUAGCAUCAAACAGUCCUCUCAGCAUUUGAAUAGCCGCUGGACAGACUUCUGUCAGUUACUGAGUGAAAGACUCUCCUGGUUGGAAUAUCAAAACAGUAUCCUUGCCUUUUAUACGCAGUUGCAGCAGCUUGAACAAAGAGUAAUUAGUGCAGAAAACUGGCUAAAAGCACAAACUCAACCAACCUCAGAAACAGAUACAGUCAAAUUACAUCUAGCAAAGUGCAAGGAUGAAGUUGCCCGUCUGUCAGCUCUUAAACCUGAAAUUGGAUCUUUGCAAGUUCAGGGAACAGAAUUGAAAGAGAAGGAACAGAGGCCAAUGUUUCUGGAAGCAGAUGUAGCAGCUUUUGUUAAUCACUAUAAUCAAGUUCUUUCCAGCUUACAAUCUAGAGAAAAACAGCUUCAGAACAUUCUAGACAGUUUACCUCCUACACAGUACACAGAGAAAAUGAGCACUAUCCUUAUGUGGAUCCAGCAGUCCGAAACCAAACUCGCUAUACCUCAGGUCACUGUUACUGAAUGUGAAAUCAUGGAACAACGACUCAGGGAGCUAAAGGCCUUACAAAGUUCCCUGCAGGAACAUCAAGCUGACAUGAAUUAUCUCAGCAAAACUGCAGAGGAGUUAUCAAGAAAAGCACCAACUGAUGUCAAACAGAAAUAUUUGACAGAAAUCGACCUAACUCAAAACCGCUGGAAGAUAUUAUCAAAUCAGCUCGUGGGACAAUGCCAAAAAUUAGAAGAACUGCUAAGCACACUAAAACAAUUUCAGAAUGACAUGAAGACUUUGAAAAAAUGGAUGGCAGAAGUUAAUGUAUUUCUCAAUGAAGAAUGGCCAGCGCUUGGGGAUUCUGAAGCGCUUGAAAAACAGCUAGAACAAUGUAGUGCUUUGGUAAAUGACAUCCAGACGAUACAACCCAGUGUGAGCAGUGUUAAUGAUGUGGGACAGAAACUGAUCAGUAAAGCAGAACCAGUUUAUUCAUCUAAACUGCAGCAAGAUUUAAAAAACUUGAAUGAUCAGUGGGAUCACAUAUGUAGACAGGCUUAUGCAAAAAAAGCAGCGCUCAAAGGUGGCUUGGAUAAGACAAUAAGUCUUCGGAAAGAUUUGUCAGAAAUGCAAGAAUGGGUAACACAAGCUGAACAUGAGUAUUCAGAAAGAGAUUUUGAAUACAAGACACCAGAAGAGCUUCAAAAAGCUUUAGAAGAGUUAAAGAGAGCAACAGAAGAAGCAGCACAAAAGGAAGACAAAGUAAAGCUCCUGACGGGCUCUGUAAAUAAUUUUAUUGCAACAGCUCCACCUGCAGCCCAUGAACCGUUAAAAAAAGAGCUUGAUGUUCUGGUAACAAACUAUGAACGACUUUGCAGCAGGCUUAAUGGGAAAUGCCAAACACUGAAGGAAGUUUGGGCUUGCUGGUGUGAACUGUUAUCAUACCUAAAAGCUGAAAACAAGUGGUUAGAUGAAGUUGAAGCAAAGUUGAAAACAACUGAUACUGUCAAAGGAGGUGCCGAUGAGAUUGCUGAAGCACUAACGUCCAUAGAAAAAAUUAUGAAACACCCAGAAGACAAUCGCAAUCAGAUAAGGGAGCUUGCUCAGACCUUAACUGAUGGAGGUGUGAUGGAUGAACUGAUCAAUGAGAAGCUGGAGAAAUUUAAUACUCGUUGGGAAGAAGUGCAGCAAGAGGCUUUGAGGAGACAAAAGGUUCUUGAACAAAGUAUACAGUCUGCCCAGGAAACUGACAAAGCUAUUCGUAUGAUACAGGAGGCUCUCAAUAACACUGACAGACAGCUGACGGCCUACAUCGCAGACAGAACUGAUGCUGCCCAGGUUCCACAAGAAGCACAGAAAAUACAGUCCGAUUUGAUGAGUCAUGAAAUUAGUUUGGAUGAAAUGAAAAAAAGAAAUCAGGGUAAAGAAAUGUCCAGAAAAGUCCUCUCACAGAUUGAAAUAGCACAGAAAAAGUUUCAGGAGGUGUCUACUAAGUUUCGAUUGUUUCAGAAGCCUGCUAAUUUUGAGCAACGUUUAUUGGAGUCAAAAAGGAUUCUUGAUGAGAUAACAUUAGAAUUACCAGUUUUGGAGAUAAAGAGUAUUGAACAGGAAGUUGUUCAGACACAGCUGGAUCAGUGUAUGAAACUGUAUAAAAUAUUGAGUGAAGUAAAAUCAGAAGUGGAAACAGUGAUAAAAACUGGCCGCCAAAUUGUACAGAAACAGCAGACUGAAAACCCAAAGGAUUUGGAUGAAAGACUUACUGCAUUAAAAAUACAAUACAAUGAAUUGGGAGCAAAGGUGACAGAGGGAAAACAGAACCUGGAAAAGUGCCUAAAACUCUCUCGAAAACUAAGAAAAGAAAUGAAUAGCCUGACAGAUUGGUUAGCUGCAUCAGAUGUGGAAGUAACAAGGAGAUCCGCUGAGGAGGGCAUGCCUUCAAACCUGGAUGAAGAGUUGGCUUGGAGCAAAUCAACACAGAAAGAGAUGGAGAAAAGACAGCAGCAACUGAAGAAUGUUCAAGAUUUAGGUGAUUCACUAAGGACACUGCUCGGAGCAGAACAAAAUCUUGUGGAUGAUAAACUUAGCCUUCUGAACAGCAAUUGGGUCGCUGUCACUUCAAGGGCUGAAGAGUGGUUUCGCAUAUUAUUGCAAUAUCAGAAUGAGAUGGAAUCUUUUGACCAGGGUGUUGCUACAAUUACAUCUUGGAUGUACCAAACUGAAAUACUUUUGGAUGAGUCCGAAAAACAGAAACCACAGCAGAGAGAAGAAACCUUAAAGGUGAUAAAGUCUGAAUUGAAUGAUAUGCAGCCAAAGAAAGAUUCCAUACAUGAAAAUGCUGAAGAGUUGGUGAAAAACCGUGGUGCCCACUGUAGCAAGAUGGUAGAAUCAAAGCUGUCUGAUCUUGACCAACGUUUUACUGCAAUAUCUCAAAGAAUAAAAAGUGGCAAGGCAUUGGUUUCUUCAAAGGAAUUGGAGCAAUUUAAUUCUGAUAUACAGAAAUUGCUUGAACCACUGGAGGCUGAAAUUCAGCUGGGAGUGAAUCCUACAGAAGAAGACUUCAAUAAAGAUAUGAGUGAAGACAAUGAAUGGACAGUGAAAGAAUUACUGCAAAGGGGAAGUCAUCUUCAACAAAAAAUUGGGGAUGAGAAAAAACGUGAAGAGAUCAAACUAAAGCAACAGCUUUUACUAUCAAAACACAACACACUUAAGAUUUUGAGAACUCAAAGAAGAAAAAAAGCAUUGGAGAUCUCCCAUCAAUGGUAUCAAUAUAAGAGGCAGGCUGAUGACUUAUUGAAAUGCUUGGAUGACAUUGAGAAAAAAAUUGCAAGUCUUCCAGAACCCAAAGAUAACCAGAAGCUUAAGGAGAUUGAUGGAGAAUUGGAGAUGAAGAAAGAAGAACUGAAUGCAGUGCACAGACAAGCUGAAAGUUUGUCUAAGGAAGGGGCUGGCAAAGCAGUGGAGCCAACUCUGAUCCAGCUCAACAAACGCUGGCAAGAAAUUGAGAGCAAAUUUGCUCCAUUCCGAAGACUGCACUAUGCACAAAUUCAAACUGUUCCAGAAGAAACAACACAUUCAAUGUCAGAGAGAAUAAGAGUGGAAACCGCCUAUGUGCCUUCCUCAUACCUGGCAGAGAUUGCACGCCUUCUGCAGUCUGUUGCUGAGGUGGGGCUUCUUCUGGACUCUUCCUGUCUCAAUAAGAAAGACUGUGAAGAUUUAGCCAAACAACAGGAGUGCCUAAAGAAUAUAAAAGACAGCCUUGGGAGACUAUCAGGUCAGCUGGAGGUGAUUCAAAACAAGAAGAAAUCAGUUAUGCAAUGUGCUACACCAAGAGAAAAUGAGAAAAUCCAAGAAAAAUUGUCAGAUCUUAAUUUUGAAUGGGAAAAUGUUAACAAGCUUUACAAAGACAAGCAAAUGAAGUAUGACAGAUGUAUGGAGAAAUGGAUGACUCUACAGGAUAAUAUGAAUAAUUUCAACGACUGGUUAAACGAAGCUGAACUUAUUCUUGCUGAUACUCCAGGUGAUGGAAAAGAAUCUGAAAAGUUUAAACAUCAAAUGAAGGAGAUUGAAGAUGGCAUAGGACAGCAACAAACUUUUGUCCGAACACUGAAUGUAUCUGGCGGAGAGAUAAUUAGUCAGUCCUCCCCUGCCGAGACUACAGAUAUUAGGGAUAAAUUGGAAUCCUUGAAUUCUCGCUGGCAUAUUGUUAACAGAAAGAUAAAUGAAAGAAGAAGAAGGUUAGAGGAAGAAAAGAAGAAGUUGUAUGGAUUACAAGAAGACUUAAAUAAAUUCUGUGUUUGGUUAGAAGAUGCAGAGGGCAUUGCUAGACAACCAUCAGAGCCUGGAAAUGAACUGCAAUUAAAUGAGUUACUUGAAAAAGUAAAGUUUACAGCAGAGGAGCUACUGCCUCGCAAAGAGUUCUUGAAACAGCUGAAUGAAGCUGGAGGAACAGCAUUAGGAAGUACAACAAUAGCUCCAACAGAGAAGAAAAAAAUUGAAAGUGGCUUGAAAGAGGCCAACCAGCGUUGGAUAAAGGUGUCCAAGGAUCUUCAUGAUAAGCAAAAAGGGAUUGAAGAUGAGUUGAAGAACUUAUCGCUGUUUGAGCUUCAGUUAAAUCAGUUGACUUUGUGGGUAUCUUCUGUAAAGGAUCAGCUGCAGUUCUACAAUCAAGUGGGCAGACCUGGUGCUUUUGACAUCAAGGAAACAGAAGAAGCAAUUCUAGUAAAACAGCCACAUGUAGAAGGAAUUUUGUCUAAGGGAUAUCACUUAUACACCAAGGAACCAGUUCCAUAUGCAUUAAAGAAAAAGGUAGAUGAUCUACAAAAAGAGUGGAAUACUGUGAACCUUUUAUUGCAAGAACUGAUAAGAAAACCAGCAGGUACAGCACCUCGUGGAGGCCAAACUGUCUCAGUGUUAACUCAGACAUUGGUAACAGGAAGCACUGUCCCAUCAGCAGAUAUGCCAUCAUCACUUCUCUUGGAAGUGCCCACCUUGGCUGAAUUCAACAAGACUUGCGCUGAGCUAACUGAUUGGCUUGCACUGUUAGACCGCGUCUUAAAGUCGCAGAUAGUGACAGUGGGUGACGUGGAGGAAAUCAAUGAGAUGAUCAUCAAACAAAAGACAACAUUGCAAGAUUUAGAAAAGCGACGCCCCCAUUUGGAAGAACGUAUUACUGCAGCACAAAAUCUGAAAAACAAGACAAGCAAUCCAGAGGCUAGAGCAGUGAUUACGAAUCACAUUGACAAAGUUCAAAAUCAAUGGGAAGAGGUUCAGUGUCACCUUCAGAACAGAAGACUGCAGCUACAAGAAAUGUUGAAAGAUUCCAACCAAUGGAUAGAGGCUCGACAUGAGGCUGAUCAAGUUUUAGAGAAAGCAAAAAGCAGGACCGAGUCAUGGAAAGAAAUAUCCUACACAGUAGAAGCCCUGAAAAAACAGAAUUCUGAUCUUAAGCAAUUUUCAAAGGAACUCCAGCUAUGGCAGAUAAAUGUGGACGCAGCAAAUGACUUAGCUCUUAAGCUUCUACGUGACUAUUCUUCAGAUGACACAAGAAAAGUGGAAUUGAUGAAAGAUAACAUUAAUGCUACUUGGGCAAGAAUUAAUAAGAGGGUUGCAGAACGCGAUGCUGCGCUGGAAGCAGCUCUCCGACUACUGCAACAGUUUUACUUGGAUUUAGAAAAGUUCCUUGCCUGGUUGACUGACGCUGAGACUACUGCAAAUGUUCUGCAAGAUGCUACACAUAAGGAAGGGGUAUUAGAGGAUACACGUGCUCUUCGAGAACUCAUGAACCAGUGGCAGAACUUGCAAGCUGAAAUUGAUGAACACACAGAGGUUUUUCACUCCUUGGAUGAGAAUGGACAGAAAAUGCUCCGAUCUUUGGAAGGAUCAGAUGAUGGGGUAUUGUUACAGAAACGACUUGAUAACAUGAAUAUUAGAUGGAAUGAGCUCAGGAAAAAAUCCCUUAACAUCAGGUCUCAUUUAGAAGCAAGCACAGAACACUGGAAACGACUUCAUGUCUCCCUGCAAGAGCUUCUUGCUUGGCUACAGCUGAAAAAUGAGGAGCUCAAGCAGCAGGCACCCGUCGGAGGAGAUGUCCCUAAAGUCCAGACUCAGAUUGAGACUCAUCGAGCGUUCAAGAGGGAAAUAAAAGCGAAAGAGCCAGUUGUCAUGAAUGCUAUUGAUACUGUGAGCGUAUUCUUAGCUGAUCAACCUUCUGAAACCCUGGAGAGGAUGCACCAAGAACCAAAAGAAGCACAAACAGAAGAACAGUUCAGGAAUAUUAGCAGAGUUCUACAAAAGCAAGUUGAUGAUGUGACAACUGAGUGGGACAAGCUAAACCUGCGCUCUGCUGAUUGGCAGAAAAAAUUAGAUGAAGCACUUCAAAGACUGCAGGAGCUCCAAGAGGCAAUGGAUGAACUGGACCAUAAAUUACAUCAAGCAGAGGCUCUGAAAGGGUCUUGGCAACCAGUUGGAGAUUUGUUGAUUGACUCACUUCAGGAUCACAUAGGGAAAAUUAAGACUUUCAAAGCAGAAAUUGCCCCAAUUAAGAACAAUGUAAACGAAGUCAAUGAUCUUGCCCAUCAGUUUGAUUCGACUGUUAUCCAGCUUUCCCCUUAUAAUUUCAGUAGACUAGAAGACUUGAAUACCAGGUGGAAACUUCUCCAGGUGUCCAUUGAUGAGCGCAUCAGACAUUUGCAUGAAGCCCACAGGGAUUUUGGCCCCACAUCUCAGCAUUUUCUUUCCACAUCUGUCCAGGGUCCUUGGGAAAGGGCAAUCUCACCAAAUAAAGUGCCAUACUACAUCAACCAUGAGACACAAACGACCUGCUGGGAUCAUCCCAAAAUGACAGAAUUAUAUCAAUCCUUAGCGGACCUAAACAAUGUGCGAUUCUCAGCAUACAGAACUGCCAUGAAGCUAAGAAGACUGCAAAAGGCCUUGUGUCUGGACUUGCUAGGGCUGUCUGCAGCUUGUGAAGCCUUGGACCAGCACAACCUUAAGCAGAAUGACCAGCUGAUGGACAUCCUACAGAUUAUUAAUUGCUUGACCACAAUUUACGAUCGAUUGGAGCAAGAGCACAAUAACCUGGUGAACGUUCCUCUCUGCGUGGACAUGUGCCUCAACUGGCUGCUGAAUGUUUAUGACACGGGUCGAACAGGACGUAUACGUGUCUUAUCUUUUAAAACUGGUGUCAUUUCCCUGUGUAAAGCACAUUUGGAAGAUAAGUACAGAUACCUAUUCAAGCAGGUGGCAAGCUCCACGGGAUUCUGUGACCAGCGGAGAUUGGGCCUGCUUUUACAUGAUGCAAUUCAAAUUCCCCGACAGCUGGGUGAAGUGGCCUCUUUUGGCGGCAGUAACAUUGAACCCAGUGUCCGAAGCUGCUUUCAGUAUGCCAAUAACAAACCAGAAAUUGAAGCAGCUCUGUUUCUGGAUUGGAUGAGGCUGGAACCGCAAUCAAUGGUGUGGCUGCCAGUGCUCCAUAGAGUAGCUGCUGCUGAGACUGCCAAACACCAAGCCAAGUGCAACAUCUGUAAGGAGUGUCCAAUUAUUGGAUUCAGGUACCGAAGUUUAAAGCACUUUAACUAUGACAUCUGCCAAAGCUGCUUCUUUUCUGGCCGUGUUGCAAAAGGUCACAAAAUGCACUAUCCAAUGGUUGAAUAUUGCACUCCUACGACAUCUGGAGAAGAUGUUCGUGAUUUUGCGAAAGUUUUGAAGAAUAAAUUCAGAACAAAAAGAUACUUUGCUAAGCACCCAAGGAUGGGAUAUUUGCCUGUUCAAACUGUUCUAGAAGGAGAUAACAUGGAAACUCCUGUUACUCUGAUCAACUUCUGGCCAGUAGAUUCUGCCCCUGCCUCAUCUCCCCAGCUUUCACAUGAUGAUACACAUUUACGAAUUGAACAUUAUGCUAGCAGGCUAGCAGAAAUGGAAAAUACCAAUGGAUCCUACCUAAACGAUAGCAUUUCACCUAACGAAAGCAUAGAUGAUGAACAUUUGCUCAUCCAGCACUACUGCCAAAGCUUGAACCAAGAAUCCCCUCUGAGUCAGCCUCGCAGCCCUGCUCAGAUUCUUAUUUCUUUGGAGAGUGAGGAACGAGGAGAGCUUGAGCGGAUCCUAGCUGACCUGGAAGAAGAAAACAAGAAUUUGCAGACGGAAUAUGAUAGACUGAAAGAGCAACAUGAUCACAAGGGAUUAUCUCCUCUGCCUUCUCCUCCUGAAAUGAUGCCAUCCUCCCCACAGAGCCAGCGGGAUGCUGAGCUCAUUGCUGAAGCCAAGCUGCUGCGCCAGCACAAGGGGCGCUUGGAAGCGAGGAUGCAGAUCUUAGAGGAUCACAACAAACAACUAGAAUCCCAGUUGCAUCGACUGAGACAGCUGCUGGAGCAACCGCAAGCAGAGUCAAAGGUGAAUGGUACAACAUAUUCUUCUCCUACUCCCUCCCUGCAGAGAUCAGAGAGCAAUCAGCCUAUGCUGCUUCGUGUUGUUGGCAGUCAGACAUCAGAAAGCAUGGGUGAAGAUGAUCUCCUCAGCCCUCAUGACUCAAGCACAGGCCUAGAAGAAGUGAUGGAACAGCUAAACAACUCCUUCCCAACUGCAAGAGGAACCAAUGUAGGCAGCCUUUUCCACAUGGUGGAUGACUUGGGAAGAGCGAUGGAAACCUUAGUUACUGUUAUGACUGAUGACGAGGUGUUAGAAUGACCGUUCCAAUCACGACGCAUGUGUUUUUAUAUAUGACAUUCGUACAAACAAAAGGGGAUUAGACUGUAAGAGUUUACAAGAAAAUAUCUAUUUUUGUGAAGGGUAGUGGUACAAUACUGUAGAUUUCAGUAGUUUCUUAAGUCUGUUAUUGUUUUUGGUAACAAUGGCAGGUUUUAAAUGUCUAUGCAAUUGUACAAAACUAUGAGAAAACUACAUGUAAAAUCUUAAUAGCUUAAAUAAGAUAAAACUUGCCAUUUCUUUUUAUGGAGGGCAGUUUUGGGUUGUUUAAAAAAAUUUAUAUCCGUUAUAAGAAAGAUUGUAAACUAAAGUGUGCUUUAUAAAAUAAAUUACUUGUUUAUAUAAUAAAAUAACCCUUUGAAAAAAAAGAAAAAAAAAAAAACCUAAG